AUGCUCCCCUUUGGCAGCUGGGGCCUGCUCUACCCGGUCACUCGCUUCUUCCGCUUUGUGACCACCUCUUUCUUCUCGCCUGUGUUGGUUGAAGUCGGACUAGGAGCGCCGAGCUUCGGGAAACACCUGCCUCAUCUGCGGCUCUGCUCGCGCUGCGCGCGCCGCUGCCCAAACACCCGGCGCCGCCGCCGCCUCACGCGGCUCCCUCAGGCCUCCGGCGGCAGCUCCCCCUGGCGGCGGCGGCGCUCACUGCGGCGGCCGCGGGGCCCGGCGCGGGGACGGGGGGGUCGCGGCGGCGGCGGCGGCGGCUCCCGAGCAAGAUGGCGGCGCGAGUGCUGUGCGCGCGCGCGGCGGCCGGGGCCGGGGGCCUGCUGCGGGCCGCGCCCUGCGGGCUCCGGUGAGCGGCGCCGACCUUCCGGGAGCGGCCGGGGUGGGGCCCGUGGCGGGGCCGGGCCCGGGGCGGCGGGGCUGCCGCGCCAAGGUCAGGAGGAGGCCUGCGGGCCGCUGGGUGACGGCGGCGCUCGCGGCGGGGCGGGGGCGGCCGGGGCGCGGCCGGUCCUGCAGGAGUGGCCCCGCCGCCCGGGCCCCGGGAGGCCGGCUCCGCUCCUGUGCUCGGGACCCGCGCGCUGCGCGUUCGCCGCGGCUGUCCGUCAGGGCGCCGGAGAGCGCGCGCACCCCCGAGCUGUCCGUCUCGGCGCCGGUCCCGCGGCGGUGGACCCGGCGUUGCGUGGCUGGUCGGCCGAGUGUGGGGAGCGACCUGCAGGGAGGAGCGGGUGUGCGCCUCGGGCGGAGGCGCCCGGAGCCGGCCGGACCGGGAAAUUGACCUCUUCUAACAACAGACCUCGAGAAGACAGUUGGUUGAAAUCCUUGUUUGUACGGAAGGUUGACCCGAGAAAAGAUGCUCACUCUAACCUCCUGGCCAAAAAGGAAACCAGCAGCCUGUACAAACUACAGUUUCACAACGUUAAGCCAGAAUGCCUAGAAGCGUACAACAAGAUUUGCCAAGAGGUGUUACCAAAGAUUCACGAAGAUGCACACUACCCCUGCACGCUGGUGGGCACCUGGAACACGUGGUACGGGGAGCAGGAUCAAGCUGUCCAUCUCUGGAGGUACGAAGGUGGCUACCCAGCCCUCACGGAGGUCAUGAACAAACUCAGAGAAAAUCAGGAAUUCGUGAGCUUCCGGAAGGCGAGGAGUAACAUGCUUCUCUCCAGAAAGAACCAGCUGCUGCUGGAGUUCAGCUUCUGGAACGAGCCCAUCCCGAGGUCGGGGCCUAACAUCUAUGAGCUCAGGUCCUACCAGCUCCGGCCAGGAACCAUGAUCGAAUGGGGCAAUUACUGGGCUCGGGCCAUCCGUUUUAGACAGGACAGUAACGAGGCAGUAGGUGGGUUCUUCUCGCAGAUUGGAGAGCUGUACAUGGUGCACCACCUUUGGGCUUACAAGGAUCUUCAGACCAGGGAAGAUAUACGGAACGCGGCCUGGCACAAACACGGCUGGGAAGAACUGGUGUACUACACAGUCCCACUCAUUCAGGAAAUGGAAUCCAGAAUCAUGAUCCCACUGAAGACCUCACCCCUACAGUAGAGCAGAGAAUCCGUGUGCCUGCACGAGUCUGGGGACAGGCAUGUCAUAGAUGAAUUAUGCAUCGACGAGAGAGAAACACGGACGUGUAAGCUGCUGUACAUAGCUUCUGAGAGACCUGCUCCUUACAACCCACAUCAUCUGUGAACGAGACACUGCCUCGGACUGGCUAGCAGGGCCAACCUCCCAUGUCUGUCAAACCACCUGGCAGUACUGGCCACCUGCCCCUCUCUCCAGCAGCCCAGUCCAGAUUAAAAUUUGAAUCAUAUCUGAAUAAGAUUCCACCCAUGAAAAACAUCCAGGCUUUGCUUUCUAAAUAGCAAAUCUGUUUUAUAAUUACAGAUUUUGACAAAUUUCUUGUAUCAGGAAGAAAUACAAAUUUUGUCACGUUCCUGGAGCAUUUUUUUCUGAGUCUCAAACUAGGAACAAAUUACGAGUGUCCUAAACACCUGAAGCUAUUAGCUUACCUGCAUUUUUAGUCAGCAGAGUCAGCAGUGUAAGCACCGGGCUGUGGAAGCUGGGGUGCUUCAGUCAGUGGCUCAGGCUCCCAUAGGGUGCAGUGAUGUCUGCGGAGCGUGGCUUGACCUGUGUUGUGUGAACUUAAAGUGAACGCCUGGAAUAGCACUAAUUUUUAUUUGUAAUAUUUUUCUAUAAAACAAGCAGCACUUGGAAUAGAGGUUUUAUUUUGUGAACAAUCACUUAUGACCUGAGGCGCUGGGUUGGUAUUUUAGUAAGCUCACAGAAGGCGCUCCCGAGGCCUUGCAGGAGGCCUGUUAGGUCUGAGUCAGCGUCCAGCUCACCCUUUGUCCUGCCUGUUGGGUUCAGUUGUUAAAGUAGUGUGCCAAUUUUGUGACUGUAAUCAUGUGAAAGACCUGUUGAACUGAAAAAUCAUGUCUUCCCCACAAAUUGAGGAAUUUAUGUGUAAAAUAAAGUGUGAAUAAAUCUCAUCAAAUGUCAAAGUUUUACAUGUGAAUGGUUUUCUCCAAGAACAUAUAAAAGUCAAUAAAAUCCUCUUAGUUUUC